GAGGCAGCGAAAAACAAGUUGGCAACCUGCCUGCUGCUGUAAUCGGAAAUACAACCCUCGCGUGGAAACAUAUGUACACAACACAACACAUACUAUCCGAAAAGUAUUAAUGCAAUAUAUUUUUGGAAAGUUGUUUUUGUUGGCUCUGUGAAUUAACCGAUAUCGCAUCAGUUGCAAGGACUUGGGCAGGACUACCGAAUCGCCAGCCAUGGGCAGCAUCGAAAAGGCGUGUAUAUCCGGAUUCCUGUGCCGACUCUGCUCCGAAAUGCACCGAACAGUCAUACAUAUUUAUGGUGAUCAUGGCCAACGUCUGUGUCUUGUUGAGAAAAUCAACGGCUACCUCCCAAUAACAAUUUCUCCGACUGAUCCCUUGCCAAAAACCAUUUGCAAAACAUGUUUACAUCGCGUGGAGCAGCACUAUACCCUGUUAAUGCGACUUACACGUAUGCGGGAGGAGCGUAAGAGUAAGUUAAUGGAGUUCAGACAACGCAGGUGUAUGAGAAAUCCCUCGAUUUCCAGCGUGGAGGGCUCAGAUGAGGAGGACCAAGCGCCGACCCGCAAAGAGACUCGUCGAGAGACAGAUAUCGAAUCUGGCCAGCAGGCCGAGGAAUCCGCAAAGUCCAGCCAAGAGACAGCAGUGCCCGAACCAAAUAGCACCGACAGUGGCCCCGGAUCCAGCAAUCGAGACCCUAAAGAGACUGGUUCCCGCCGCAGCACAGGGACCAGCGCCGCCACAGCCCCAACCACCCAGGAACUAACGUAGAUUAUGACUGUUGUGCGCGUCUCCGCUCGGUGGAACUAUAUAUAUGAUUACUUGACUAUGUAUAUAGAGACGUGUGUGUGUAUGUUUAGAUUGGAAUAAAAUAAGCAUUUUAUUUAAUUAUUAAGUUCAUUUUUUCGAAUAUAACAAAUCGAUAAAUAUCAA